AUGAAAGUUACCGAUAUAAAUGCAUUUACAGUUAUUUCUUACAUAGCAAUCCUUUUUGCUGCAAUAUCUGUAUUAUCAGUUUCUAUGAGUAUAAUAUUAAUUCGUGCCUAUAUUACUGAUGCACGAUUAAAGUUUACUAAUGAACUUAAAUUUUGUCAGGUUAAUAAUAAAAAUACUCUUUUCUUCUACACGAGUUCAGUGAUGAUUGUUGGCAAGAGAAAAAAAGAAACAGCCGAUGAUAUCUGGUCAAGUGUAAAGAUGUUGGAGUACGCCAACUUCUUAAAAAAUCGGACUACACGCAAAGCAGGCUCUUGCGAUAUGUGUUGUACCGGUGGUUUGCCUGGUCUAAAAGGCCCUUCUGGAAGGCCGGGAAAACCGGGAAAACCAGGCGCACGAGGACCGCCGGGGAAACCUGGCAAAUCAUUUCUUGAACCUUGUCAUCCGGUUGUUCCACCACCUUGUCCACUAUGUCCACCUGGACCGUCUGGUCCGCCUGGUUUACCAGGCCCAAUGGGUGAUCCUGGGCCAAAUGGUCCCUCUGGUUUUGACGGACCGGCAGGACCUCCAGGUCCACCAGGAUUACAAGGAGAGCAGGGAUUACAAGGGCCUCAAGGACCUGAAGGUGAAAUGGGUGAACAUGGCGAAAACGCUGAGAACAGCCUAAUAAUGGAAAGGUUAAAAGAACCCGGUUCUGUAGAUCGGAUUUUUACAAUAAAUUACGGCAGUGAACGGUACUCCAAAGAAAAUCUCUUGCAGACAGAUUUUGAUCAAUUUUUUACAGUCAAGAAUCGACCAGCUAUUACUGAGGCAGCUUAUCAGCUUUAUGCAACGAAGUGGAUAUCUGUAAAUGGUCUUAAACAGAGGCAGUUAAAGGUCCAAUCGACCAACUUAUGGCAGGAACAGCCAGAGCUCCGGUUGAUCGGUACAGUGGUUAAUAUAGUAAUCAGUAUAAUGUGCGGUGUUUUUCAUUUUACACGUAAAUUUUUUGCCAUUAGCACUUCUAAACAGCUUUUGACUGUUACCGAAUAUGAAACAGAACAAAAAUCCUCUUCGUUUCCGUUCAAACGAAAAUUUUAA